AUGAACCCAGAUUAUCAUUAUUUAUUUAAAUUACUUUUAAUCGGUGAUAGUGGUGUAGGUAAAUCAUGUCUUUUACUUAGAUUUGCUGAUGACACUUAUUCAGAAAGUUUCAUCUCAACAAUUGGUGUCGAUUUCAAGAUUAGAACUAUCGAAUUAAAUGGUAAAACCAUUAAAUUACAAAUUUGGGAUACUGCAGGACAAGAAAGAUUUAGAACAAUUACAUCAUCAUAUUAUCGUGGUGCCCAUGGUAUCAUUGUUGUUUAUGAUGUAACUGAUAAAUUAACAUUUGAAAACGUUAGACAAUGGUUACAAGAAAUUGAUAGAUUUGCAUGCGAAAAUGUAAAUAAACUUUUAGUUGGAAACAAGAGUGAUCUUGUCGCUAAAAAAGUUGUAGAUUUCAAUACCGCCAAAGCUUUUGCCGACUCUCUUCAAAUUCCUUUCCUCGAAACCUCUGCAAAACAAUCAACAAACGUAGAACAAGCAUUUAUGACAAUGGCCACUGAAAUUAAAAAUAGAUUAACAGCUUCUCAACCAACUCAAACCGUUGAUAAAAAUAAGGUUGUACCAGGUUCCUCUGCUCCAAUCUCUCCAAAAUCUGGUUGUUGUUAA